CUCCAGGCUGGGAACCUUCACAGUAAGUGGCUUCUGUGUUGUUAGCCCAUUUAUGUCACUGGUCUGAACUCAACCUUUACCUCUUGAUUGCCAAGGCCAUGGCGAGAGUCUGCAAUCCCCAGAAAGCAUUGCUUGGAGCCUUGAAUGAUCUUGAAGAGAACAGUUUCAAGAUAUUGAAGUUCUACUUACGGGAUAUGACCAUGGUUGAGGGCCAUUGCCAGUUGACCCGAGGGGAGCUGGAGGGCCUGAGUCGGGUGGACUUGACAUCUCGACUGAUUUCAAUGUAUGGAGCACAGGAGGCUGUGAAAGUGGUGCUCAGUGUUUUGAAGGUCAUGAACUUGAUGGAACUUGUGGACCAGCUCAACCUCGUUUGUUUGGAUGAUUACCGAGAAAUAUACCGGGAGCAUGUGCGCUGUCUGGAAAAGAGGCAAGAAGGGGGAAUCGACAGCAGCUACAGGCAGCUGCUCCUGGUGGCCAAGCCCAGCCCCGAGAGCCCAGGAUCACCUUUCUGUCCCAUCUCAGAGCAGGAGCUGGACUCUGUCAUGGUGGAGGCUCUAUUUGCUCCAGGGGAAAAGCCCUAUGCAGCCCCAUCCGUAGUGGUGCUCCAAGGGUCGGCUGGCACUGGAAAGACAACUCUGGCCAGAAAAAUGCUGCAGGACUGGGCCACUGGUACCCUGUACCCAGGCCGGUUUGAUUAUGUCUUUUAUGUGAGCUGCAGGGAAGUGGUUCUGCUGCCAGGAAGAAAACUGUCCCAGCUCCUCUUCUGGUGCUGUGGAGACAAUGAGGCCCCGGUCACCGAGAUUCUGAAGCAGCCAGAGCGGCUCCUGUUCAUCCUGGACGGCUUUGAUGAGCUGCAGAGGCCCCUGGGAGAUCAGCUGAAGAGCAGAAGGUCAAGUCCUGUGGAGAACAUGCUGCACCUUCUCAUUAGGAGAAAGGUCCUUCCCACGUGCUCCCUCCUCAUCACCACUCGGCCCUCGGCUUUGCGGAAUCUGGAACCCUUGCUGGAUCAACCGUGCCAUGUCCAUGUCCUAGGCUUCUCUGAUGGGGAGAGGAUGAAGUAUUUCAGCUCCUAUUUCGUGGAUGAGAAGCAAGCCAGAAAGGCCUUUGACUUUGUGCAAGGAAAUGACGUUCUCUACAAAGCGUGUCAGGUUCCAGGCAUUUGCUGGAUGGUCUGCUCCUGGCUGAAGAAGAAGAUGGAGAGAGGCCAGGCAGUCUCAGAGACACCCAGUAACACUACCGACAUCUUCACUGCCUAUGUCUCCACCUUCCUGCCAGCCGAUGACAAGGGGGACUGCUCUGAGCUUACUCGGCACAGGGUCCUAACGGGUCUUUGCUCCUUGGCAUCUGAGGGGAUCCGCUGUCAGAAGCUCCUAUUUGAAGAAGCUGACCUCCAGAGGCAUAAUUUAGAUGGACCCAGGCUUGCUGAUUUCCUGAGCAGCAAUGACUACCAAGAAGGCUGUGACAGCAAGAAGUUCUAUAGCUUCCUGCACAUUAGCUUCCAAGACUAUUUUCAUGCCAUGUCUUAUCUGGUGAAAGAGGACCACAGCCAGCUGGGCAAGGAGUCCUGCAGAGAAGUGGAGAAGCUGCUGGAGGCAGACAACCAGGAGAUGACCCUUAGUAUGCAGUUUUUAUUGGACAUAUCAAAAAAACAGAGCUUCUCAAACUUGGAGCUAAAGUUGUGCUUCAAAAUUUCUCCCUUUGUAACACAGGAGCUGAAGUACUUUACAGAACAAAUAGAGUCUAUAAAGCGUAAUAGGAGCUGGGACUUGGAAUUCUCCCUUUAUGGGUCUAGAAUAAAGAAGCUGGCAAAAAGUGUUCAUAUGAGUGAUGUAUCAUUCAAGCUGGAACAUUCCAAUAAAACGAAACCCCAUGGUGAUACGUCAUUUUCUGUCAAAACCAGCUUGAAUCAUGGAGACGGAGAGAAGCAGAAAUGUCCUGCUGUAAGACAAGAUAAUAUGGCAGAGACACGAAAGGAGAUUUCCAACGGAAAAGGCAGAGACACAGAGGAGCUAGAUAAGGAAGCUGGGGGCAGUAGGAUGGGCAGCAGGAAAAGAUGGCAAAAGAAGUGAAGGGUCAGAAGGUUGUUAGAUUGGAGAGAGAGGAGGAAGAGGAAGACAGAGUAAAAAGGAUGGAGAGAUGAGAGACCAGACUAAAGGGCACUAGAAAAAUGAAAUACAGAGGAAGAAAUGGAAAAGAGAAUUAGGUAACAGAGGAUUAAAAGACUUGGACCACUGUACCUGGGGGAAGACCACGUGGAGUGAGUCCUUGGGAACAAUCAUAUUUACCAUCAGUGCCUCAAAUUCAGUAGUUAGCAUCCUUCUCCCAGGUGUGGAGCCCAAUUUCAGUAGCUGCUCUUAUGCGUUGCUGUCAAUGACCAAGCCUUUGAUCCCUGACUCUUUUCUGUACAAUAAACUUGUUGAUAUAAUAAAGUGUGGAUUGUGAGUAUUCUGUGAGAUAUGGGUAAAUGUGGAGCGCAUACAUGUCAGCAUUUAAAGGAAAU